AUGAGCACAAACUUUCACCAUGAUGACAGUUCGACAACUAAUCUGUUUCAAUCAGCAAAUCUAAAUCCUUCUAAAGAUAUCCAUCAACCAAGUUUCUGCGAACAAGGAGACCGCUUUGAUGGCGACGAUUCGAGUGUUCCACAUCAUUCUACAAAAUCGCAAGUUUCUAAUUUGACCAGAACAUUGCAAUCCUCGUCCUCGGGUAACUCCACUUUACAAAGUCAACAAAAUUUCGAUGACGAUCCCCAGUCGACGCAGAGCCACGCACAUUCUACCGACCCACGAGAAUUGAUUACGGGAGUAGCAUACGAUAAAGGUGAUGAUGGAAAUGCUAGCUAUCAAACCCAGCACAGUGCAUUCCCUCAACAAAUUCCCAUUGCUCAGAAUUCUUACAAACACAUGCCCAUGUCCCACAAUACACCAACUGCCGUAGGAACUUCAUACACUUCAGCGCAUUCAUACAAUCCAUCGUUGCCCUCGACUAAUAAUUUUAUAACACAACCCGAGUCAUCAUCGUUCCAUGACCACACGGCACCUUCAAGCUUCCGGCCAAAUACAAUGCCACAUGCUUUUCCAACAACAACUGUUCAAACUGACUCGGUGGUUCCAACUAAAAGUUCAUUCUCAACUGCUUCUGGUGCGGCAUCUCUGCUACAUCUGACGUCUUAUUCAAUACCAGGCAAUCAAUUUCAACAUCCAAUGAUCCAUCACCCGACCCAGGUUAAUAGUGCGCAGUUUGCACCAAAUCAAAGAGUUCCAAAUUCACUACCUACAGGCCACAAAUUUGGUAACACAUUUCCUACCUUCAAUCAGCAGCAGCAGCAGCAGCAGCAGCAGCCACAACUGGCUCGCCGACUUCAGUCGUUAUUGAAUGCAGAUAAACAAACUGGAUUAAGUACUGCUUCUGCAACCACUCUGACGGGCUCGAUCAAUAUCCCCCACAACAGCAGAAUUCAAAAUCUUCAACAAGAUCAAAGCCAUAUCGGUUCUUUCCACUCAACGCCGCCAUACUAUGAGCAUGUUCAGCAAAAUACCCUGGGUCAUCAACAAUGGUCAGAGUACGCUCGCCCUGAACCAGACCAUUAUUUAACGUAUGGUGAAUUCCUUCAAGAGUUGAAAAAAAAGGACGAGCAAGAGCGACCUAAUGCUGGAGAAGAGCAUUUGAAUAUUGUUGAGUUCCCCGUGAAUGACCUAAUUGUCAUGCUCUCUUGUUUAUUGACAAAAAUCAUUGAAGCAAAUGACAAGUUGCAUCCCAAUCAUUUUGAAAAUACCAUUGCAAUACGACAGAAAAUCAAGGAUGAAAGAAAACAAAAAAAGCUUCAACGUAAAAAUAAGCAAAAGGAAUACCGUCAAGGUACAAUUGUUGGUGGGGUUGAAGGCGAAGACACUGUUAAUGCCGGUCGGAAUAAGGACGAAAGAGGGAAUUAUGAUGGCGAUCAUUUCGGUGUCAGCAUUCAUAGUGAAGAUCGUAUGGACGAGGAUGACGAUGAUGAUGACGAUGAUCAACACGAAGUAAAUGUUGAUUAUGACGAUGAUUUUGUUGACGACGAAGACGAAGAAGAAGACAAUGAAAUGAAGAACAAGUAUUUGGCCAACGUAUUGGCCUUCCACGGUACAAAUGUUCCCGGUAUUUCUCUCCAUGCGUACUUGGCGAGAGUUUUAAAGUAUUGUCCUGUGACAAACGAGGUGUUUUUGUCUUUAUUGGUUUAUUUCGAUCGUAUUGCUAAAAAGGCCAACAACUUGAACCAGAAAAGAAAACUGAGAGCCAAUGGUGAUGGCCAUGAUGAUAGUGACACUUCAGAAGCUGAACAGUUAUUUGUCAUGGAUUCAUACAAUAUUCACCGUUUAAUUAUAAGUGGGAUCACCGUGUCUUCCAAGUUUUUUCUGGAUAUAUUUUACAAAAACUUACGAUAUGCCAAAGUGGGUGGGUUGCCGUUGGAGGAAUUAAAUUAUUUGGAGCUACAAUUUCUUCUACUUUUAGAUUUCAAAUUGAUGAUCAGUGUUGAGGAUUUGCAAAAUUAUGGUGAUUUGCUAGCCAGGUUUUGGAAACGUGAACAACUGAAUGCGAGUGAGGCCAGUACUGGUGGUGAUAGUGGUAACAAUUGA